GCUUGGUUUAGUUCGGUUUACGGUGCUGAGCGAAACGGUCAAGAUUUCGAAAGGUUUGAAUUUAGUACUAUAAUAACAUUGCUGUAAAUAUAAAAAGAAACGCAACACAACAGAUAUGUAACACUUAAUAUAUCCAAAUGAAUGAAAAUCAGUCAGUGGCCACAGAUAUCGUAGGGAAAACAAAAACGACAAAGUGAAAUACAACGAAAUAUGAUGCAAAUAUGUAAAUGAAUUACAGUAAAGCAAACGUAAUUGAAAAAAGUAGCUAAACUGUUCAUACCUACUGAUUUGGGCAAAAUAGUGAGCUGAAAUAUUUGCGUCGAAAGAAAAAAGAUAUUUCCAAAGGACUUGUUGCGUUUAAGUAAUGAUGCAGCAUGCGAGCGUUUUGUACUGUCAGCGCGCCAUUAGAAGUAUGCGCGUCAUCGGCCGAACAACUGUCACCAGGAUCACGCUUUUUAGCACUAAGGCUUUUGGGAAAUCAACAGCCCAAAACAUUAUACUUCCUAGUCGAUGCCAAGAGUCGAGUGAGAGAAGUGUACACACAAACAUGCCUACAUUUUGCAGCGCAAGGCAUGCUCGAUACAGAAUUGUUCGGUUUGGCGGUGCUCAUAGAUGGCGAAUACAUGUUUGCGGAUCCAGAGAGCAAACUCUCCAAAUACGGCCCGAAAAGUUGGAGAUCCUCGCACACGCACGGACUCGAUGCCAAUGGGCGACCACUUCUGGAGCUACAUUUCCGUGUGCAAUUUUAUAUCGAGAGCCCAUUUCUGUUGAAAGAUGAGAUAUCCCGUCACAAUUACUACCUACAAUUAAAAUAUAAUGCUCUACAACGGGAAAUGCCUAAAGAAUAUUCCGAACAGUCGAUGAUAUUGCUCGCCGGAUUAGCGCUACAAGCAGAUUUGGGUGAGGCACCAUCAGCUGGACUAACAACCAAUGCAACCACGAUAACAAAAACAACAACUUCAAAGGGCACAACAUUUAAAUCGCUUGUAACAGAAGAGGGCAGCUGUGGUGGUAAUGUGGAGUGUGACCAUCAAGGCUUGCUCACUUCGCAUAUCACAGACCCUACGGCCAACACAAAUGAAGUCACAAAUGCAGCGGCAAGAAGUACAGAGACUACUACAACGCCUACAACUAACACGGAAGGGACAACUUUUGGAAUAGCAACAGCAACAACAACAUUGCCAAAGAUCAACAAACGCCUAAGUAGUGAAAAUGAUCGAGUGCUACGUCUGUCCAAUUUUUUAACGGCAAGAAAUUCUACAGCCUCAAUAUCAAAUAUAUCUGCACCAGAAGCGGCGGUAAUAUCAACGCCUGCCUCCACGAGCUCUUCGUCCAUAUCAGUUUUUCCCGUUAGUGGUAGUCUGAAGCGUAGCCUGGGCGCAAUGGCAGCCUCAUUUUCAACUUCCUCGUCGAUUUCUUCAAUUAAUCGCAGUAGUUCAUCGAAUACCCCACCAACAACGUCGUCGAGCACGUCACUAUCAGCACUGGGUCAGGCACAGUCUACACUGCAAGAGUAUUUCAGCUUGAGAGACUAUUUGCCUGGCGAGCUGUGCACCGCAUGGGCGCUGAGUGCACUGCUGGCUUGUCAUCGUGAAAAUCGUGGCAUGUCAGCGGCGGACGCAGAGUUGCACUACAUUCAGCAUUCCAGUAUGGUGCAUGAGUGCGUCAAUGCGCAUAUUUUUCGAAUGCGUACAUCAAAAAGUGAAAACGGAUUGGGCAGCUCGUGGUUUGUGGUUUAUUCAAAGGGUAUAAAAAUUUUCAACUCCGUUGAAAACAUACAACAGCCAACCACCUUCCUAUGGCCGAACAUAACGAAGCUUUCAUUUGAGCGGAAAAAGUUCGAGAUACGCUCUGGCGACUGUAAGAUCCUUCUCUAUGCCACCUCGGAUGAAAAAAACAAAAUGUUGUUGACGCUGUGCCGCGAAACCCAUCAGUUUAGCAUGAAGAUAGCCGCCCGUCUGAAAGAGGUCAUUAAGCGCGAAGAAGAAGAGAGCAAUUGUCUUCAUGCUUGCUAUAUUUAUUCACGCAGUUUGCACUUGCCUUACAAAAACAAAAGCGACCAGCGUAUAUCGGUCAUUUCGAGCACUAGUUCUAACACCACUUCGGGCAUUGUCAGCGAUCGCGUUCACUCUGAGGAUGAGGUUGAGAUAAUGAUAAAUACACCACCUGCACCGAUUGCAGCACCAUCUACGGAAAGUUUGGCAUUGGCACAUCUACUAGAUCGUCCAAGCGUCAGCAGACAAACUUCAUCAGUCGGCCAAGUUUCAUUGAAAGACCUGGAAGAGCAGUUAGCGGCGCUGUCUGUACGUCAGGAACGUCAAAAGCAGCACUCGAAUUCUGCUAACUCUGGCGAUGAAUCGCCCGCAGAAAGAAGUCACGCCUCAGCGGGAAACUCAUCCAGCAGCAGCUCGAAUCAAGCAUCCCAGCGCGCAGCCGAUUCUUCAACUGCUACUGACUCACCAAGUUCGCAGCACAACAUUGGGUCACAGUGUUCUUCGACCUGUAGUACCGUUGUGGUUUUGCCUAGCACAGAUUCAAUAACAAAUACGCUAACAUCGUUAGCUGUCCAUUCUGCGAUGAAUUCUACGCCAAUACAGCGACGUAACUCUACGUCGAGUAGUCUGGAAUUGGGUUUUAGUCACACAGCACAAAAUUCCAUACUCAGUGAGGCAGAAUCCACUUGCAUUGACCACGAUUUCACAUCUUCUACGCGGGACGAAAACGAGAGCGCUUCUGGCGUUUACACGCUAGCCCACGGCGCACCGCCCACUGAGACCUCUGGUGUAUACACGAUGCAUAGCAGCGAAAUGACAGCGCAAUCGUCAGAGAUUGCCGAGUCUGAAAAAAGUUCCCAUUAUGGCAUUUUCCAGCCGACGAAAGGUGAAAUAGGCGCCGAUAAUUUGCAUGAAAGCCCCUCAAAUCUGGAUUCAGUCGAUGGUGGAAAUUACCUCGGGAAACGCAUCAAGAACGAAGAAUUCCGCCUGCGGUCAGACUCCAACGUAAGCACAAGUGGUUCGUUCCGCGGUGAUGGUAGUGAUCCAACCGACAACAAACAUAACCUACUUUCCGCAGAGGAAUUAACCGAUUUAAUCGUUGGGCGUGGUACAUAUCCCAAUCGGAAGACAGUGUCUGGUACCCUAGACUCAGACUGCGAUUACGUCACUUUGCCAUUGCCCAUUACAGGUGAAUCCUACAUUCAAGGCCAUCAAGAUACUGCACCCACUGAAGACCAGGUCGAAGACCUAAUUAAUGAUUUAAUACCGACGGAUCCACCAGCGCCUCCUCAACGUAUCGACAGUAACAGCCUGAAGCAGCCAACAAAUCUUACGAGUCUAAGCAUUAUACCGAUGCGUUCACCACCGCCAUAUCAUGCACGCCAUGAAAAAACCGGUCUAUGUGGGCCACCAGUGUGCCCACCGCUGGCAUUAAAGCCAAUUCAAGACAAUACAAAAGCGAAAAUUACGCCAAACUUCUCCAAAGUGCCAUCGCCUACCAUUCCAGUUGAGUUUAAUAAGACAGCAGUCGGUAGCACACCAACUCCACGGGCAUCGCUUAAAACAGCAUCCGCUGUGCGCCGACGUGACCCACCGCCAUAUCCCACAACAGCGAAACCCCGACCCACGUCUUUAGUGUCGUUAGCCUCAUGCACAUCUUCUCUAAAUCAUUCCAGCAAUGCGGUUACCUCAACCAGCGGCUCAUUGAGCUCGCUAAAAGCCGAAGAGGUCACAGCUCGUUUCAUAACUACGCGGCCACAAAUCAACAUUCUCAAAGCCCAUACCAGUGUUAUUAACGAUAACCAGAAACCCAGUUAUGCUGCACCGACGCAUUGCUCAUCGGUGGUAUCAGCGACCGGAUCUAUUUCCAGCCGUCACAUACCAAGCCAUUUUUCCCAGCAUUCUGUGCACAAUUCUCAUUACAUCAGCGGCUCACAGGUCUCGCUAAGCGGUGAACAUCAUCCGACAUCAGCCACAAGGCAAUCAUCCAUUUCGGCGGCUGCCAUGGCGCAUGCUGCGGCCGCAGCCGCUGUAGGCGCAGGCGUCAUUUCGAACACCAUUGGCAUACCAAUCGUUCCUUAUGGACUGCACGGUACACAUAACAGCAUGUCAUCGUUGCACCAACAGCCGCCCCCGCCACCGCCCCCGUAUACGGAAAUAAAGCAGUCGCCAAGAACGUGUGUACUUUUACCAGUGAUCAAACAUCGACAAUUUCUGCCACCGCCACCACCCAGUCUGCCCCGCCAGCCUCCACCACCACCACCGCCCACUCAGCUAUCCGGUGUCUAUGGAAAUCAACUGGCACGCAAGCAGCUAGAGCUCUACCAGCAGCAACUCUAUAGUGACGUUGACUAUGUCAUCUACCCGCUACAAGACCCUGCAAUCAGCCAGCAGGAAUAUUUGGAUGCAAAGCAGAGCUCAAUAUAUGCAGCAAUGGCACAACAACCGCCACAGCCGCUCUCGCACACUCAUCCACAUCCGCAUCCGCACUCGCACCAAUACUUGGCAUAUCACGCAGGGAGUGCACACGUCGGCUCGUGGGACACAUGUAAAGGCCACGCAAUCUAUCGCAGCACACCCUACUUGCCAUUGGCGCUGUCCACGCAUUCACGCUAUGCAUCGACGCAGAAUCUGUCAGACACUUACGUUCAGCUACCGAGCACCUACUCACCGCUCUACAGUCCUUCCAUGGCCAGCUUAUGCUCCUCGUAUGAACCACCACCGCCGCCUCCCCUGCACCCAGCCACCUUAGCAGCGUCCAACGUAAGCAACACAAACGUAUUUGCACGCUCACGAUCAGAUGACAAUAUUUUAAAUUCACUUGACUCACUACCGAAGGCGAAGCGUAUGCCUCCUCCACCACCGCCGCCAUACGUAAACCGGCGUUUAAAGAAACCACCCAUGCCAGCACCAUCCGAAAAGCCGCCGCCAAUUCCCUCAAAACCGCCCGCUUGCAAUGUUGCGCCCACGAAAAACCAAGUACCGAUGCGCAGUCAGUUGCCGCCGCGCAAGCCACCCACACUAAACACUAAUCGAAGUGUCAAUAAUAUGACGCGCACGUCCAGCGGUGCGCAGUGGGCUGGUGAACGUCCAAAACCUGAUCUGAUAUCAUAUAAUGGCGGCAGCAGCAUUUUGGCGCAUCUUCAAGCCAGUGUAGCAGCAGCUAAUCGACACACUGCUCACUUAGCAGCAGCUAGCAAGUCAAAGGACGCCACUGGUGGUAGCAACAAUACCAGCCAUGGCACCAACGGUAAUCCAAGCACUAACAAUGCAGCCACAAAUCCACUGGACAUCGCUGUACUACGGGAGAAGAGCAAACAUUUAGAUUUACCGCUAAUCUCCGCCCUGUGCAACGAUCACUCGCUACUUAAGCAGACAAAAGUUUUCGCCAAUGUGAAAACGGGACGCCCGUCAACAAGCUCCACUUCAACCACGCGAAAUGUCAGCGCUACGCCGGCCUCUCCCAGCGGCAUGCGUGCGUCACCAAACAAUGCUGCUAAUCAGCAAAAUUCGACUGCAAAUACCGCCGGGGCAGAUAACGAAGUAUCAGUCUCGUCAGCGGCGACAACUACGCCUGCCUCUACGGCCGCAGUUUCCACACCAGCAACAACUACGACAGCAGUAGCAACAGCAUCGACUACUGCGGUCGUCACCACUACCAACACUACUUCCAACACCAGCACGAAAUCCACAACUUCAAGUACAAUAGCGACACCAAUCCAAUUGGCUGCUGGUAAAGGACGCAAAGCAGGUGGAAGUCAUCGCCAUCCCAAUGACAAAUUGCCGCCGCUGCCAAUGCAAAUGGCUGAGGCAAACAAUUAUGUCAUGGAUCCAGCAAUGGUGAAACACCACAAAAGCUACAAUUCUCAAAUUUAAUUUAAAUUUGGAAACUGAAACAUUCGGCCGAAAAUAAAGAAGCUGAAGGUGACAAGAGCGCAGAGAGUGGCAGCGAUUUAAUAAAAAAGAAAAAUGUCAUAUAAUAAUUUGCAUACGAAAGCUACGAACGGCACUAGGCGCAAUUAAAUGCAAUCUCUCGUAUAUGCCACCACCACACAUAGGCAGAAUGCUUUCACCUUGAAGCUGUAACGAAAGAGGUGGUAUGUGCACACAUCCCUUGGAGUAUGAGAUCAUUUUCGAUUCGAUUUUGUUCAAGUGUUUACUUUCUAUUCCUAAAUGAAAAUCACGCCGAACGACGACGACUGCAAGCAUAUGAAAGUAGGGCGGAAAUGUUUCGACUUAUGACAUACUAUAAGUAUAUUUUUGUAUGUAUGUCCCGUUAGUCUGGUUUCCGACAAGUGACUGCGAUCCUUCACAGUGUUUAGGUGGAAGCUUCGAAGAAUGCCAUUUUCAGCGAACGAAAGCAAAAAAAAGCAAAAUACAAUUCAAUUGUUAACAAACGUGAAAAUGAGCGAGCGAGUGUUUUUGUAGCGAUGCGUAUUACACAAAAAUAAAAAAAUACAUAUAUACAUACAUAAAAAAAUACAUAUAUACGUACAUCGAUUUUCAAAAAUUAAACAAAAACCCCAGAGACAAGACGAACAUGCGGCCCUUCGCGGGCAUAUGAACGAGGCACCAAACUAUCACUGGUGCUGGGCAUCGCACUGGUCCUCUGUGGCCUUCAAAUAUUAGCUUUUUUAGGAGCUACUCACUUAAAAUACGCUAGGAACGAGUGAUAAGAGAACUAUUUGACUAAAUUGAGGCCGCGACAAUGUCAUUCAAGGCGGCGCUACCACCACUCUGUAGGGUCUAGGCUCGACCCAGCAGCGGUCGCCCCUGGGCAGGCGAGUGUAUUUUUGCCAUGUAAAAGCUUCUCAUAAAAGCCAUUUGCCAUUCGGGGGCGGCGUAAAACAGUAGAUGCCUCAAGGCUAACACCACAAAUUGGGGGAGAAGCUCGGUCAAACACUCAGCUGAAGUGUAAGCGCCAAAUUUUUUUGUUAUUAUUAUGGCAUACAUACAAACAACGAUUAUAUGUAUGUACGUGUCGUGAUGAUAGACCGCUUAUUAACAUGACAUUGACCUCUGAAGUAUUACUUAUAUCUGCCUACAUACAAACAUACAUACAUAUGUACAUAUAGUACAUACACAAGCUACAUACGCAACAUUCCCAAGGAAUCUGAUACGAAUUGAGCAAUUUCUUUGUUCAUAACUGACCUCAUUUCAUGUAAAUUAUUUAAUGAAAAGCGAAAACAUCUUAAUCUAGUCACUUUUAGAAAUUCAUAAAACAAUCAAAUAAGCAAACAAAAGACGGUAGACAACUCAAAUACUCAAGCAAAUUUUAAAUACAUAUAUAUUUUUAUUGUAUUUCAAAUAUGUAUUUAUGUAAUUCAAACUGACAAUGCAAGUAGUAGGUACGAGUACGAAUUGAAUUCCGCAUUGAAUUAAAUGUGAAUUAUUUUUAAAUAUUUAUUGUUGUUGUAGGCCAUAACAAACUUGUGUCAUACACAAGUUGUUAUUUGUAUUUAUUUUUUUUUCUAAUUUUAAACUUUCCACUUUCUUCAUAAGCGUGCCACUACAAAGAAGGUGUAUAUUUAUUAUACCACAAGCGAAAAACUAAUACACUCACUUAUCAUAAACGAAAUCCGCCCAAACAACUGUGAUCGAUUUAAUUUUUUUUUUUUUGUUUUUUAAUCUUAACACUUUGAAACUUUGAGUUAAACAAAUGAGCAGAGAUUCCUUGUUUUCUGUUUUAUUUUAUUUUAUUUUAUUUUUUUUACAAUAUUUUCCUUUGAAGGAAUAACAACUACGCCAUUACUUAGCAUAUGUAGCAGUUAAGUUCAUAAGUGCGUGAAGUUUAGGCUUAAGCAAAGUGCGGAAACACAAAACGAACAAAUUCAAUCCAAAUUAUCGAAUAAUCGAACGUUUAGCGUUCAAUGAGAAUGGACAUUUGCAGUAAUGCAAUGAAACCUCUUUUAGUUACUCAGCGCUUAGGGUGUAAGUGUGCGUAUACGCCAAGUAGAUAUUGUGUAUUUUUUAACAUUUCUAAGAAUAUACGUUUGAGAUUUUUAAAACAUGCAAAAUGCAUUUAAGUGACAGAUUGCCUAGACUUGCCCACCGUACUUUACGUAGUAGGUACAUACUUAGGAGUAUGUAUGAGUAAAUAAAUACAUGUGUAUUUAAAAUGCCACAAAUGUUUGUAAAAUCAAACACAAUCAUUUCGAGGUUUAAGUAAACAUAAAAAAUUAUGAAAGCAUGCAUGAAGAUAUUUGGCAAACGUGUUCUAUACAAACACUAUUACAUGCAAACACACACAUAGCCAUCGUCGAUGGCAUACAUACACACAUAUAUUACUAAACACAUAGCUGCGUUCGUAUGGAAUAGUAAGUAGCUUAUCUCUAAAGGCUGGCUUUAUUAUAAUGCAGCAUUCGCUGCAUACGAUUGCGAAUGACUCACGGGCGCCGAACCGUUGAAGAACUUUUG